UCUCUCACUGUCUCUGAGUCAUCGUGCGAGUUCCGUGUGGGUAGUUCUCGCGGCACAAAACAGCAACCAACUACACUCCAAUUUUCAAAUAACACUGUUCUCUCUCUCUCUCUCACGCUCACAUUCUUCAUCGCCGGCGGCCACCCAAUUCAUCGGAGAAUCUAAUCAUUGCCGUUAUUAUCGACGGCAUCGAUGGAGGAGCAUAAGCAGCUGCAGUUUUUCUUAGAGGAGACGGCGCUCUACAACAACAUUGUAUUAGGACAUCUGGUUCCAUCUGAUUGGUGGCAUCCGCUUCCGAGGUUCUUUCAGACAUGGCUGCGUAACUACAUUGCCGGAACUCUACUCUACUUUAUCUCUGGCUUUCUCUGGUGUUUCUACAUUUAUUACCUGAAGCGUAACGUUUAUGUUCCUAAAGAUGCUAUUCCUACAAGAAAAUCCAUGCUUUUACAAAUUUAUGUUGCUAUGAAGGCUAUGCCAUGGUAUUGUGCUCUUCCAUCUAUAUCGGAGUACAUGAUUGAAAAGGGAUGGACCAAGUGUUUUUCUCAUAUUUCUGAUGUUGGUUGGCUUGCCUACAUCAUAUAUUUGAUUAUGUAUCUUGUUAUGGUAGAGUUUGGAAUAUACUGGAUGCACCGAGAAUUGCAUGAUAUAAAACCCCUCUACAAGUAUCUUCAUGCUACCCAUCACAUCUAUAACAAGCAGAACACUCUUUCUCCUUUUGCGGGUUUGGCGUUUCAUCCAAUUGAUGGAAUACUCCAAGCUGUCCCACAUGUUAUAGCUCUCUUCGUUGUCCCGACACAUUUCAGGACACACAUAGCUCUCUUGUUCCUCGAAGCCAUAUGGACUGCAAACAUUCAUGAUUGCAUCCAUGGCAAGCUAUGGCCAGUGAUGGGUGCCGGUUAUCACACUAUCCACCAUACUACAUAUCGCCAUAAUUACGGUCAUUAUACCAUAUGGAUGGAUUGGAUGCUAGGGACCCUCCGUGAUCCUGACGAAGAUGCAUCUGAGAAGGUGAAAUGAUAUUAAUCUUUGAAUGAUUUUACAUAACUGCUCGUACAUUGUCAGUUUUUGUUCAAUAGUCUUUUUUUCUUUCUGUCGGAAUGCUUGUGAUAUCGUGUCGUUUUGCAUGUAAAUUCUCUUGUUUAUUUAGAUUUUCUUAGUGGUCUUGACUGAGAAUGUUUGGUCGAAGCCCCUUUUCCGAUGUAUUAAACCUAAUAAAUUUCUGUUGUAUUAGUGUUGAAUUGAAGCA